AUGGCUUUUCCUGGGCAAAAGCAAUGUUCUUUAGCCAUAUUAUUACCCCUAAUAAUUCUUGCUGUUGGGAUUUCGCAAGUGUGGUCCCGCAAACUCAUGAAUGAUGAUGAGGCAUCUAUGGAAGAAAGGUAUGAAGAAUGGAUAAUAAAACAUGGGAAAGUGUAUAACAAUGAUGAGGAGAAGCAGAAACGGUUCUUGAUUUUCAAGAGCAACGUAGAAUACAUUGAAUCCUUCAAUGCUGGUGGGGACAAGUCUUACAAGCUUGGUAUUAACCACUUAACUGACAUAACCGUUGAGGAGCUUAAGGCUUCCCUAAAUGGAUUCAAGAGGCCACAAAGGGGCUCUACUCCUCCAACACCAUUCAAGUAUGCAAAUGUUGAAUCCGUUCCUUCAUCCAUUGAUUGGAGGAAUAAAGGAGCUGUUACUAGUGUCAAGAACCAGGGCUUUUGUGGUAGCUGUUGGGCAUUUUCGGCCGUGGCUGCGGUGGAGGGCAUCCACGCGAUAACCACCGGACAGCUGGUGUCACUUUCCGAGCAACAAGUGGUGAGUUGUGACAUACACGGAAGGGACGAGGGAUGUAACGGCGGUUACAUGGAAGGUGCAUUUCAAUACAUUUGGAAAAACGGCGGAAUCAACAGCGACGCAAACUACCCUUACAACGCAACAGACGCUACAUGCAACGCAACAGCAGAAGCCUUCGAAGUUGCUCAAAUCAAAGGCUAUGAGAUGGUUCCAGCAAACAAUGAGAGUGAGGUUGUGAAGGCAUUGGCUCACCAACCUUUGGCGGUUGCAAUUCAAGCAAGUUCCUUACAUUUUCAGUUUUAUUCCGGUGGUAUUUUUGACGAAACAUGUGGGUAUGAACUUGAUCAUGGUGUUACGGCGGUUGGUUAUGGUACAAAUGAAGCCGGUACUGAUUAUUGGAUUGUUAAGAAUUCAUGGGGUACUGAAUGGGGCGAGGGAGGAUACAUAAGGAUGAAAAGAGGUAUAGGUGCUGGUCUUGGUUUAUGUGGAAUCGCCAUGGAUGCUUCUUAUCCUACUGCAUAA